AUGCAGCGCUUUAUUCUUUGUACUAUGCUGCUGGCCAGCAUUGUCCUCCCCGCCUCUGCUCGUUACCAACUUGUUCAGGACUACUCUGGAGAGAAUUUCUUCACUGAAUUCGACUUCUUCACUGGUCCUGACCCAACCCAGGGCCACGUACAGUACAAAAGCAUGGUCGAUGCUAAUUCUACCGGACUCGCGGGUUUCAUCGAUGGCGGUAACGCGACGAACGCGAUCUAUAUGGGCGUCGACACCAAAGAAGUCGCUCCUGGUGGCCGAGGUUCGGUUCGGGUCACUUCCAAGCAAGCCUACCAACACUUCUUGCUAAUCGCCGACAUUGUCCACAUGCCUGGCGGCCUCUGCGGAACUUGGCCAGCUUUCUGGACUGUGGGACAGGAUUGGCCGAACAAUGGUGAGAUUGACAUCCUCGAAGGCGUCAAUGACCAGAAGACCAACUACAUGACCCUCCACACCGCUGAUAGCAUUCGCCUUAACGCAAAACACGCCAACAACUUCGCUGGCUCAGUCUCUACGCCGGACUGCGCAGUCGAUGCGCCUGGCCAAUUCGAGAACCAAGGUUGCGCUAUUGAAGACCCCUCGCUUCUCACCUAUGGCACCGGCUUCAACAAAGCUGGCGGUGGUGUCUUUGCAGUCGAAUGGACCUCUCAGCAAAUUCGCAUGUGGUUCUUCCCACGUGGCAAGUUCCCAGACGACAUUGUCAACAGCCGACCCUCUCCCAACCCUGGCUGGGGACCUCCAAGAAGUGUCUUCGCCGGCGACUUUAACAUGGAUGACCAUUUCAAAACCCAACAGGUUGUCUUCGACACCACAUUCUGUGGCGCUUGGGCUGGGCCAGCCUUUGCUCAGUCAAGCUGUGCUUCACUUGCAUCCACCUGCGAGGAUUUCGUUUCGAACCAUCCUGAGGCAUUCUCUGAAGCUUAUUGGGCUAUCAACACUCUUCAAGUCUUCCAAGAUGACGGCAAUCAAUCAUCGUCCACCGCUGGCGCUUUCAACGUGCCUCCUGUCAGCGCUCCUGGAAGCCUACCAGAACCUACUCGGUCUAGGCAAUCUUCGCAGUCGGCUGAAAGCCAAGUUGCUCAACGGAAUACCUCUCAUACUGUGGAGAUGAAAGCUCCUACCAACAAGCGCAACAUCAUCCAUGAGCCAGGCAUGUUUCGCAGAAAGCAUGGUGGUGGUCUUCUCCCCGUCGUUUGGCCCAGGGACGUCUGA